AUGGCAAAAUCAGCGAUCAAAGAGAUUGCUAAGCUCUCCAUGGAAAACCUGGAGACCCUCUGGGCGCACCCUGACAAGAGCGGGAUUCUAAUGAAGCGGGGCGGUGACAUCCAAACCUGGAAGCGGCGGUACUUUGUUGUCAAGGACACGUUUCUCUUCUACUUCAAGAGUCGUCAGGAUCUGAGCGCUCCCGCCGGGGUCGUCCCAAUCCAGAACUGCCACGUGGAAGCGGCUGACAGCCGGAACGCUCCCACGGACUGGGUGUUUCGGGUGACACUCACUAACAACGAGAAGCUGGGGGAAGUGAAACGGAAAGAGUAUUUUCUGGCCGCCACAGACUCUGACGAUCUCUCGAAGUGGAUAGAUGCGGUGCGGUGCGCCUCCGACAGCAAGGGCCACUUACGUCAGCAGGUCGACCAGGCCCGUGAGGAAGUGCGGAAUCUCGAGCAGCGAUGGCUGGCGGCCUCCGCCGCGGACGCGGGCAUGCCCAUCGCGAGCAUGAGCCCCGCGCAGGCGGGCCAGGACGACGCGGUCGUGGUCGCCGCGUUGACUGAGGAGCUGCGCAGCGCGCAGCUGUUGCUCGAGGCCGCGCAAAGGAAGCUCGCGGCCGCGAACGCGCGCAGCGAGCAGCACCUGCGGCAGAUCCAGCAGGUCGAAGCCAUGACCGCGGAGUGA